AAGUCUUUUCAGCAUCAAAAUGGGAAAACAUUUGUCAAAAAAAAAAAAGAGAAAACAUACCAUAAUAAGGUACUUUUUUCUUCAUGCAUACUGUUCAUGAUCAUGGUCAUGAUGGCUCCACUAUCUCCCUAACCAAACACCUUGCAGCAUUAUGUAUAUAUAGCCCCAUUGAGAUCUUAUUGUAAUCACACACAACUGUCUUAUUCAUUCUAGUUCUCUUGCAUAGCAAGAAUCAGAAAGAUAAUCUGUUUCAAAGUGAGUAGAGUGUAAGCUUUGACAAUUAUUAAUGGAAGGUAAAGGACGAAUUGCAUCAUCAACUUCUUCUUCUUUAACCACCGAACUCUUCGGCUCCAGAGAUCCGUCGCCGCCAUCUUCUUCCUCUGGAAUCUUCUCCUCCAUUUUCCCUCAUCCCUCCAAGGGCGUUACAAGAGAUGGUCAAAGCUCCAAACAUGGCUCACAAGCUCAACGUAGAGAAUCUUCAAAUGUACAAGACAGAGUUGAGCCAUGCAAUCUAAGCUCUUCUCUUUACUACGGUGGUCAAGACGUAUACCCUCGAUCCACCACCAACCAAAGUUACCCUACAGUUAAAAACGAGGGUCCAAGAAGCCAGGAAAACGAUGCUAAUGGACAGAACUCACAAGAUGUUUCAAGAGGGAACUGGUGGCAAGAACUUGUGAAUCUGAGAAGAUGGUGAUGGAGUCAAGACCACGAGAGAGAGCAGAGGUUAUGGCCGCAACUACGGCCAAGGAUUCCACCAUUAGGGGCGACUCUACAGAGAGAGAGGUCGCUGUAUAGGAUGUAGAAGACACCAGAUCAUCAAUGAUCCAACCAAGGCCUGCAUGUCGAGAGGAGGGUCUCCACGCUGCAUGUAAGCAGUUUACCAAACGCAAACACGUGAUCAGCCAGACAGACAUCUUUACGCGGAACAAAGGCCUUAAGUCAUUAUUUCAAAACUUGGGCCAUAUCCAACCACAUUUUCUCGUUCUUUCUUGUUUUCUUCAAACAAUCGUUUCAAAGCUGAGUACAUCAAAGAACAAGAGGGAUCUUUUUCUGUU